AUGGAUGUAUUAGAAGAACUGGACAGAGCACCGCCCCCUCUGUCCUUUCCCAGUGGCCACUCGUGUCCUGAGAGGCGAGAACAAGAUCAUGAGGUGUACAACAACAUGCUCAUGCCCAGCAUCUUUGGUGUCAUCUGUUUCUUUGGCAUCUUUGGAAACUGUAUCGUGGUCUACAUUAUAGUGAGGAAGACCAAGCAGUGCUGCCAGCAAACAGUGCCAGACAUAUUCAUCUUCAGUUUGUCUAUUGCAGACCUCCUCUUCCUCCUUGGUAUGCCCUUCCUCAUUCACCAGCUUGUGGGUAAUGGCUCAUGGUGGUUCGGUGGCCCCAUGUGCACUGUCCUCACCGCGCUUGAUUCCAACAGCCAGAUUGUCAGCACAUACAUCCUGACUGUGAUGAGUCUGGACCGAUAUCUGGCCACGGUGCAUCCCAUCCGCUUCAAACACGUCCGAACCCCCUUCAUGGCUGCAGCUGCUGUAGCUCUGGUGUGGGUCUUCUCUCUCAUCUCCAUCACACCCGUGUGGAUAUACACAGGACUCAUGCGACUGAAGGAUGGCUCAGUGGGCUGUGCCCUCCUGCUGCCCAACCCUGCCACAGACACGUACUGGUUCACCCUCUAUCAGUUCGUCUUGGCUUUUGCCCUGCCUUUGUCCAUAAUCUGUGGAGUCUUCUUCAAGAUUCUCCAAAACAUGUCUGCGACAGUUGCGCCGCUGCCCCAGCACAGCCGGAGGCUGCGGAAGAGAAAGGUGACCUGUAUGGCUGUUGCCAUUUGCCUGGCGUUCUUCAUAUGUUGGGCUCCGUACUACAUCCUGCAGUUGGUCCAUCUGGGAGUGCAGCGGCCCAGCUUCUCUUUCCUGUAUGCCUACAACAUUGCCAUCAGCAUGGGCUAUGCCAAUAGCUGCAUUAACCCAUUUAUCUACAUUAUCUUAAGUGAGACAUGUAAGAGGCAGUUCAAUGUAGCCAGUCGCCCAUUUCACAGGGAUUUAAGAGUUGCACCUGCUUUGGCACCUGAUGGCAGUGUGAGUCUGAGGAUGGCAGCAAUCACCUCUCAUCCGUCUCACUUACAGUCAUCAGGGAAGCUCCUUCAAAGAACUCUGCCUGUCACUGUGGCUGUACACUAAGAGGAAAAGUCCAUCCAUAAUGAGAUCAUAGGGAAGGUGGACUCCUCUCCUGGCCAGGUCCCAGGAGAGGCUGCACUUCCUGCAAAGGCUCAGAA